UCCGUCUCUCUCCCUCUCGAUCAUCUACAAACGAAAAGUCAAAUCAGGUUAAUUUUGUUCCUUUUUCUGUUCGAUUCUUCGAUUUUGGUAGGGCUCGCGGAUUCCGAUCGUCCAUGGCUGCUCCGAAGGGUUUCUGAUCCUGGGUUUCCGAGAUUUUCACUUGUGGAGUUUGAUCGUCUUCUUCCUCUGCAAUGGCUUGGGAUGAGAACAAACCCAAGAGGCUCUAUCAAGUUUGGAGGGGAAGCAAUAAAUUCCUUUGCGGCGGGAGGUUAAUCUUUGGUCCAGAUGCUUCAUCUCUGUAUCUAUCCUCCCUCCUGAUUGUUGGUCCUGCCAUUAUGUUCUGUGUUAAAAUGUACAUGAAGAUAAAUGACCCUCUUACCAAAAACGCUGACCGCUGUAUUCCGGUUUUGGCCGUUACCUGGAUUCUCACCUUUUUGGAUAUUUUUUUCCUCUUCAUGACGUCUGGUAGAGAUCCUGGAAUAGUGCCGAGAAAUUUGAGGCCCCCUGAAUCAGAUGAAAUGCUGGAUUCAAAUACUCCAUCGAUGGAAUGGGUUCAUGGUAGAACCCCAAAUAUAAAACUACCAAGGAUCAAAGAUGUGAUCGUCAAUGGCCAUACCGUGAAAGUGAAGUACUGUGACACUUGUCUGCUAUACCGUCCUCCUCGUGCUUCCCAUUGUUCUAUCUGCAACAACUGCGUCCAAAGAUUUGAUCACCACUGCCCAUGGGUUGGCCAGUGUAUUGGAUUACGGAAUUACCGGUUCUUCUUCAUGUUCAUAUCAACAUCAACCAUUCUGUGCAUAUAUGUCUUUGUGUUUUCCUGGCUGAACAUUUUCCAGAGGCAUAUGGACGAAAAUAUCAGUAUCUGGAAGGCUAUAUCCAAAGAUGUGCUAUCGGAUAUCCUCAUAGUUUACUGCUUUAUAGUCGUGUGGUUUGUCGGUGGCCUCACGAUCUUCCAUUCCUACCUCAUCUGCACUAACCAGACAACAUAUGAAAACUUCCGCUACCGCUAUGAUAAAAAGGAGAAUCCAUACAAUAAGGGUGUGCUAGGAAACUUACGGGAGAUAUUUUUCUCAAAGAUCCCUCACUCAGUGAAUAAGUUCAGAUCAUUUGUGAAGGAAGACGAACAUGUGAUGGCAGAAACCCCUACCUCAAAUUUCGGUGAAAGUCUAGUUAGCUCGAAGGAGAAGAUCGACAUCGAGAUGGGAAACAGGAUUGUUGAUGAGAAUGGAAAGAGCUACUCACUUCCUGAGAUUCUCCGAAACCUCAACUAUGAAGACCUCGAGGAUGAUUAUGACGACUUGAAGAGUAAGGAUCACGAUCAAGGAUUUCCAUCUUUCGACCCGUUCUUUACUUCCGAGCAAGAAGAUGGCAGAAAGGAGCUUGCCCGAAUGUCAAAAGGUGGUAAAGGAGGAGAAGAAUAUUCUUUCAGUUCCAGUGACGAAGAUGGGGAUGCAGAAAAAACCAUCCGGAUCUCCAUUGACGACGAAGAAGAAGAAGAAGAAGAAGAAGAAAGAGUUGGAAGGCAUGAAGAAAAUCACAAUCCAGGUGAAAGCGCAAACAUUCACGAGAAAUCCGACGAUGAAACAAGCUCCCCUCGAUCCACAACACCUGUUCUUCGUAAAUAGAGAUUGAGCAAAAGGCUGCAGGAUCUGAAGGAAGCCUUUUACAUAAUCUGUAUUUCUGGACUGGAGAAAUGGGGAUUGUGCUUCUUCAAGGUUUGUUUGUAUACUCUUUUACUGUGAUUGAGAAUAAGGUAAAUUCGGAGGAAAUAAGAACAAGUAGGGUUGGUGGGGGUGUGUUUGAGCCUUUUAGAUUUCUUUCCCUUUUUUUAAAAAAAAAAAAUUCGUUCUUUUGAUUGUUUUUCUUCUUUUUGGGGGCCCUUUAGUUGCAUUACACAUCUGAUUUCUUUUAUUUUUUUUGGGUUAUUAUGGAAACAGAAAUUUAUAAUGUAUACUUGUGUAUUUUUUUUUAUAAUGAUUGCACUUAUUUGUUUA